GAAGAGCGAAGGGGUUUAGAGGAGAGGUACUUCCUAUCACUACUUUUAGAGCUCUGCCACCUUUAGACCCAGCUGCUCUCUCUCUUCUCUACUCCUCCUCCUCUCUCCAUCCAGGCCAAUGGACAAACACAGCCUGAAAAAGGAAGCAGGCAAGAGAGAGAAAGAGAGAGAGAGAGACACAGAGAGACGGAUGAAACACAUGGCAACAAUACAGAAGGUUAAUAAUCAGACUGGGGAGCAGCUUGUUUCCAGGAGCGAGUCGUCCCAUCUGAACACCGCGGAGAGAACAGACUGCAAUCAGCUCUUCCUGCUGUGUGUGUGUGUGUGUGUGUGUGUGUGUGUGUAAGAGAGUGUGUGUGUGUAUGGGUGUUUUGUGUAUCUGUCCAGACAGAUAGAGAGCUGUGGAAUAGCAGGAGUUGGUUUUCGGGGGAAGACAGCGCGACUGAUCCAUUGCAACAUACAUACAGAAAUUCUCUGACAACUGAAAGAGCAAAAGCAGCAACUUCAAGCAGAGCAACACACUGUGGAUAAAUUGAAAGUUUGCAACCGAGGGAAUGAGAAGGCGUUGAAAACAGAGAGACUUAGAAAGUCAAGGAGGGAGAGAGAGAGACUCUUUCGGUGUUCUUCUCUGCUCUGCUAAACUGUGACGACCCUCCAUCUCCCUUCUCCACUUACCCUUCUCCCUCACUCCUCUUCCCCCUCUUCUCCUCCACUCCCCCCCUGUCCUCGUCUCACCUGAGAUGGGCCGGCUGCUGGCCCUAGCCCUGGCCUACCUGGCUUACCUGUCGACUGCAGUGAUUGGCUCAGAGAAGAAGCAGCACCGGGUGCAACAUGGACCCUGCAGUUACACUUUCAUACUCCCUGAGGUGGAACACUGCCAACCCCUCAAAGACUACCAGGUCACCAACUCCCUCCAGAGGGACUUCCCACCACCGCCAGCCCCCGACCCAGGAUCGAGUCACCCUGAGCAGGCCAAAGCCCAACCCGCUAGGCCCUCGCGGCAGGAGAGGAAGCUGGAGAGUUUGGAGAUCUCCAUAGAGAAUAAUACACAGUGGUUGCAGAAGCUGGAGAGGUCCAUCCAGGAGAACCUGCGUUCUGGGAUGGAGGAGAUGAAGAGGAACGCUGUUCACACCCAGACGGCGGCCAUGUUGGAGAUCGGGACUAAACUCUUCAGCCAAUCGGCCGAGCAGACCCGCAAACUGACAGAUGUGGAGACCCAGGUGCUGAACCAGACCAGCAGAAUGGAGAUUCAGCUGUUAGAGUAUUCUCUGUUCACUGACCGUCUAGAGAAACACAUCCUCCAGCAGAAUCAGGAGAUCUCACAACUCAACGAUAAAAGCAGUUUGCUGGAGCAGAGGUUCUCAGCUUUAGAGGCCAGGCACGUUAAGGAGCUCCAGGGUCUUCAGAGGGAGAAACAGCAGCUGCAGGACAUGCUGGAGAGACAGAGGCGCCUGGUCACCCAGCUACAGGGAGAGCUGGGGACCUCCACACAAAACAGCACACUACUGCAGAAACAGCAGGCUAUACUGACUGACACAGUGCAGCAGCUGCUAGCCAUGGUCACCCACUGCAAUGAAGUGGGUUUACCUCUACAGGUGUUCUGUGAUAUGAAGACGAGAGGUGGAGGCUGGACCGUGCUGCAGCAUCGUAGAGACGGAGCUUUGGAUUUCCACCGUGGAUGGAGGGAUUACAAGAUGGGUUUUGGAGAUCCCUCGGGAGAGCACUGGGCAGGAAAUGACCUCAUCCAUCUGCUGACCAGCUCCCAGGAGUACAGUCUCCAGGUGCAGCUGAAGGAUGACGAUGGGAACGAGGCCUACUCUCACUACGAUCACUUCUACAUAGACGCAGAGGACAAAAACUACAGUCUCCAUGCCCAGGGGUUCAGUGGUACUGCUGGCCGCACCAGUAGCCUGACCCAGCCUGGCACCCAGUUCAGCACCAAGGACCGAGACAACGACCGCUGCUCCUGCAAGUGUGCCCAGAUGUCUUCUGGAGGUUGGUGGUUCGAGGCGUGUGGUCCCUCCAACCUGAACGGUAUCUACUACGCUGGCGUCUCCAACGUGGUCCGUUACAACGGCAUCAAGUGGUACUACUGGAAGGGCGCCAGCCUCAUGGCUACCGUGACGACCAUGAUGGUUCGACCCGCAGGCUUCUGAGGGAUAACAGCUGCGACAGCUGAUGAUUUCAGCGGGAAGCGACUGAUGACAUCACCCUGACUGACUAAAUUACUGACUGAUGAGCGAAUAAUGAAGUUUGACAGACAUUUGAGUGGAGAUUUUAGAAAUGUUUGAUUGAUGGACAUUUUCAAAAUGAUUUUUUUUUUCUCCAAAAAUGUAUUCUGUUGGUCUCCCGA